AUGUUGUUGAGAUGGUCAAAAUUAAUUGAACAAUUUGGCAAAGGUCCAUGUGUGGUUGUUAUAUUUCUUCCAUGUCUUUUAAUAUGUACCUUGUAUUUGAUAUCAGAAAAAUAUCAAGAUGACUAUGCCAUUUUCGAAAACAAUAUUAAAGAUGAAGUCGUUGAUGGCUACUUGGUAUGGAAUCAAAAAUGCCACAUGUUAUCAACAGAUCCAAUGGAUCCAACGAUCAAAAAAUUUGUUAGUAAAUUAAAAUUCAAAUCAUGCUCAAACAAACCACUUUUAAGUUCAAUUAAAAAACAAUCAAAUGGUAAAUUUUCAUUAGUUGUUGAUAAAAAUAUUGCUAAAAGUUAUAAAGAAUUUACAUGUUGCUGGACACCAAUUAGCAGAACAAUACCAAAGCUACCACCAACUGGAGAAUGGGAUACACAAAUUGAUAUUGGUGAAUGUGAAGAUUUUGAUGGUGCUGUUGAGCUUGCAUCUGAUUUAGAAAUUGUCAUGAUAUCAUGUAGACAAAAGCAUACAUCAAAAUUAUCAAAAUCAUCAGUUGUUUAUGAAAAUAUUCAUGCAAUAAUAAAUCCAUCAAAAGUACAAGAUAAAUUAACUAAAUCAUCAAUUAAAAAUUCAACAUUACCAACAAAAAAUCAACGAAAAAUGAGUGUACUUAUGUUGGGCAUUGAUAGUGUAUCACGUCUUAAUUUUCAUCGAACCCUGCCAAAAACAUUGAGCUAUCUAAAUGACAAUGAAUGGUACAAUUUAAAAGGUUACAAUAAAAUGGGUGAAAAUACAUUUCCAAAUUUAAUGGCAAUAUUAACUGGUCAAGAAUCUGAUACAGCAUGUGAAAGAUGUAAACCACAAGAAGUAUUUGGUCUAGAUAAUUGUCCAUUUUUAUGGAAUAAUUUUCGUAACAUUGGCUAUGUAACAGCAUAUGGCGAAGACACUGUGCCACUAAGUACAUUUAAUCAUUUAAAAGCUGGCUUUUGGUCACCACCAACAGAUUAUUAUAUGCGUCCAUACAUGUAUGCAAGUGAGAAAUUACUUAAAAUUAAAAAACGUUUCAACUUCGAUUAUUGUACAGGUCCAGAGCUAGCAACUGACCGUAUAUUUAAUUAUGCAAUUGAUUUUGCAAAAACAUUCAUAAAUAAACCAUAUUUUGGUUUUUUUUGGACAAACACAAUAAGCCAUGAUGACAUGAAUGGACCAUCAUCAAUGGAUGAUCAUUUUUUACAAAUGUUUAAAGAUAUUAAUGACAGUGGUAUAAUAAAUGAUACAAUAAUAAUAUUUUUAAGUGAUCAUGGUACCAGAUGGGGUGGUAUACGUGAUACACUUGUUGGUUGGCAAGAAGAAAGGCUACCAUUUAUUUAUUUACAUGUACCAAAAUGGAUUGAUGACAAUGCAAAUAUAUUUCAAGCAUUGAGAUUAAAUGAACACAGAUUAACAUCUCCUUUUGAUAUUUAUGAAACAUUGCGUGAUGUGUUGAUUAAUUCUGGUGGACAUGCUGAUAAAAGUAGUGGAUGUUUGAAUUGCCAAAGUGUAUUUAAACCAGUACCAAUAACACGUGGCUGUGAUGAUGCUGGUAUCUCACCACAUUGGUGUGCUUGUAAUGCAUAUGAAGAAACAAUUACAAAUAAUAAAAUUGCAUAUUAUGGUGCCAAUAUGUUUAUUGAACAUGUUGAAAAUGAUAUUAAACAUUAUAAAAACAACAAGGGUCAACGUCUUUGUGCAAAGUUAAAAAUUAAAAAAAUAAUAAGAGUUAAUAAAAUUAUUAGUCUCAAUAAUAAUGAUACAAUUAAUGGUGAUAAUAUUGAAGGAUAUUUUUAUCUUGUUGAAGUUACACCAGGUGGUGGUAAAUUUGAGGUAUCAAUGAGACGUGAUGAAAAUGGUAAAUACACCAUUAAAAAUGAAGAAAUUGGAAGAACUAAUUCUUAUGACAAUGAUUCCAGAUGUCUUGAUCAUGGAUCUAAAAGAUUUUGUUAUUGUUUGAAACAAUGA